AUGUCGACGAAAAAUGCGACUUCAUUGAUAAGUCUUGAAGAGGCGCAAACAAAUGCUUGGGUGUGUCAGAUCAUUGCGGCGGCAGGAGUCCUGGGUUUCCUGGGAAACCUCUUGGUAUGCUUCGUCAUCCUUCGCGUCAGGUUUCUCCACAACAUGACGAACUACCUGCUGGUGAAUCUAGCUGUGGCCGACAUGCUGAUAUGUCUCAGUGCCUUUUUCCAUUACAUUUCUGCCUCGGGCAGGUGUACGAUCAUAAACUUCGUUCCAGCGAGCACCCUUGGAAGGGAGCUAUUCUGCCGGCUUGUGACGUCCCAGUCUCUCAUCUGGGCGUUUUCCAACGCAGGCGCUAACAACCUCUGCGUGGUGACGCUGGAAAGAUACAUAGCUAUCGUACAUCCACUGCAAUAUGCCAGAAGAGUCACAGCAACAAAGAUGAAGACGCUCGUCGCUCUGCUCUGGAUGCUUUCUGUCCUGUUGUCUCUACCGUUUAUAUUCACAAUCAGCGCCAGUGAUGAUCCAGACAAAGCCUGUUCUGACAUCACGUACCCUCAUCCAGCAUUCCCCGUGUUGCUUGGUGUUGUGAUGGUUUCAUUCACCUACAUACUGCCCGUCAUAUUGAUGAGUUUGGCCUACUACAAAAUACAAGUUACCCUCAAAAGGCAAGCGAAAGCCCUGAACUUACAACGCGCAAAGGCAGCAGCUUAUGACCUCGUGAUUGCUAGACAGCAUGUCAUCAGCAUGCUUACGAUUGUCCUGGGAACUCUCAUAAUCUUCUGGACACCGGAUAGCAUCUGUGUCAUUUUGUGCUUGCACCCAACAAGCGAUAGCACACUCGAUUUCUGUGAUACAGAGAGUUUCAAGUACAUCAGUGGCAUAACCAGUUUCCUGCUAUACCUAAACUCGGUGGUUAACCCCAUCAUCUACGAGCUGAAGUACAAGAAAUUCCGGAAGGGUUUGAGGGCGGUUUUCUGCACUUGUUUGGACGAGCACGGCGGUAGCAACGCCGUGGAUGCCGAGAUGGCUCGACGUUGAUGAGUUGUCACUGAGUGGUGUUUUCAUUUAGGACCUGCUAUAGAGUGGAAGUCACGGUGUUUGCAGUUUAUACACACGAAGUGUACACAUUAUAUCUGAGGAGUUUAUUCGUGUGCUUCUUAACAACUGGUCGACGUUUCGAACGGUGUGCUUCGUCCAUCUUCAGGAGACUGUCGGACUAUGGCAAUGCAGGGCUUACGGAGGAU